CCGCAACUUUGCCGGGAGGUUCGCGGGCCCUUUGUUCGGCCGAGCCGAGCCGGGGCGGGCGCUGGCCCCUAGCGACCCGCGUGCGGCGCCGGGCCCCGGGCCGGCCGGGUUUGAGGGGAGCGGCGGGAAGCGGCCGGGGCCGGGGCGCGUGUGUGCUAGUGUGAGACAGGGCUGUGCAGACGCCCGGUGUGCAUCACAAUCAAACGGGAGUGGAAUGGAGGGCUGAAGAUGGAUGUGCCCCCUCCCUUGUAAAACUCAUGCAGCGGUGAAAUUCGGUCCUUUCCGGGCAGCCCCCCGCAGAUUUUGCAUUGGUGAUGGCAGGCGCGAACCCGCCGUGUUUUGGUGCAGGAACCCGGUGCCGUUGUCUGGGGGAAGAGAAAAACCCGGGGCGUGCUGCGGGUGGGCGGAGAAGGACCCCUGGGCGCUCUGCGGCUCUGAAAUCAGGUGGAUUUUCUAACGGUGCUGCGGACUGCGGAGUAAUGCGUAUGAGGAAAACGAGCCGUACAACAUCUGUCCUGUUAUCAGAUAACGUAACCCGAGCGCCUGGUUGCCACCUCUGCUUUAAGCGGUGCCUCCUUUGCACCUUUACCUUGAGGACGAGAUUUAAUUAAUUGAUUCGUAGCUAUGAAAAUGUGCAGAUGUGGAUGUGGGGGUUCCCUGCCUGUUAACCUGGGGAAGAAAUAACUGGCAUGCAUGUUACACGGAGCUUUGGGGAUCUUAGCAAAAAUGAAGGCUUGCUGCUUGGAUGUUGUGCCGGGAGGUAGGGGAGGAGGAGCCGCUAGAUCGUGGCUGCACCUAUUGCAUUCGAAGGCAUUUGACGGUAUUGGUGAUUCUGCACGUAAUUAGUGGAGUUGUCUCAAACCUUUGCCUCCGCCAAAUGAAACCUCCAUUUGAGUGGUCCGCUCGGUUAUUUCUAGGCGUGAACUGCGGAUUCUAAACUCAAAAUGGUGCUCUGUAGAUGUCCAACUUCAGCGUCUUUAAGGAGUUGCAAGUUGGAGCCUUCUGACUGGGUUAAUCCAUUGUGUAGCCGAGGUUCGGUUUUUCUCGAGUGUCUGGUGUUCACGUUGACGUACUUCGGCCGGUACAAGGUAGCCAAUUUAUGGUGAUCGCUGUGAGAGCCUCGUACGUCCCUGAAUGUAAUUUGAGCCUGCAUAAGGCUUACUUUAUGCAAGUGAUUUCCUGCAGUUGGAGUUGAAUAACUAUGCGAAUGAGUUGAGACCCUGGAAACCUGGCUUGAGUGAUUUCAGAGGACAGUGGUAGCUGGUUUGAAAUGUGUAGGGGGUGUUGGCAAUGAUAUUCAUAGAUUCCAGAUUUCCUUCAGUACUGUGUGAAAGAAUAAAUGAUAAAACUUAGCCCCAGGCCAGAUGAACUUGGUUAGUAGAGGGCACCUUGAAGAAAUUUACAUUGUUCCAGAACAACAGAGGUGGCAAUGGUCUUUGAACAUGUUUCACUGUAGCACCCCUAGGAUGCUUUGUUGGGGAAAAUAAUGCAAAACAGGGUUUUUAAAAUGACUAGUUCAGUUGUCGGAAUUAAUUUUGUGUGUAGAACAAAGUAAUGAUGUGAACAGUUGUAACUUUAUUUACCUAUACUGAAAGUUUUUUUUCUACAGAAAGUUUUUAAUAUUUAUUUUCAUAAGAAUAGACAUUCUUGGAAGCUGUUUUUCAUACAGAUUUCUCAUGACCUGACCAUAGGCAUAGUCAGGCCGUGAGAAAUUGAUAGCUCAGAAAAUGGUAAUAGUAAACACACACACACAUUCGUUUUUAUUAUAAGGAUCUGAUUUUAAAAGCUUGUUUGUAACUCUUCUGUGCUUCUUGUCCAAAACAAAGAUCUUGCUGACCUUACCUCGGUUUUACUUUUUUUUUUUUGAGACAGUUUCGUUCUUGUUGCCCAGGCUGGAGUGCAAUGGCACGAUCUCGGCUCACUGCAACCUCCGCCUCCCGGGUUCAAGCGAUUCUCUUGCCUCACCCUCCCGAGUUGCAGGGAUUACAGGUGCCCGCCGCCACGCCCGGCUAAUUUUUGUAUUUUUAGUAGAGACGGGGUUUUGCCAUGUUGGCCAGGCUGGUCUCGAACUCCUGACCUCAGGUGAUCCGCCUGUCUCGGCCUCCCAAAGUGCUGGGGUUACAGGCGUGAGCCACCACGCUUGGCAGGUUUUACUUUUAAGGUAUGAAAUUAAAUACGGUUGAUACUGAGACUGUCAUAAGGUUUAAUCUUAACAAUUUCAUUUCGGAUUCUGCCAUGUAAAUAUUCUGGUAGUAACCUGGAGUAUAUGUAAGUGUUGAUUUUAGAUUUUCGUCCUUCGUGUUUAUUGCGGGGGGCGAGGGUGGGUUUCGAGUAGCAUAUGUCUUAACACUAACAUAUUAUUUCGUAACAGGUUUACAUUUAUAUUUAGUUGGCUUAGGAACUUUGGAGUAAAUAGUUGCCUUUAGAAUGCUGAUUGUGAAGGUAGAGUGGAAUGAACUGUUUCGUUUGACAUUCAGUGAUUAAAAAAUAACUAAGUCAUACAGAGGAUAUAUGAAACUAAAUACAGUAUUUUUCAUCACCGCUACCGCCACCUUUUUGUUAAACAGCUGGCUUUCCUGAGAUACAUUUGUGCUUUUCCAAAUGCUGUCAUCUGGCUUACUUCCAAAACCAAGCCAGAGGAGGGUCAGGGCUGGAGUAGGACAACCUUUCAGGGAGUUUCCAGUUUGGAAAGAAAUGGAAGACACAGUUCCUGCAGUGCUGGCUGGGAAUGAGUUAUUUACAUUACCUCUCCAACCCCAAUUGAAGGGGAUGAGGUCUUGAUUGUAACUUAGUCUUGCUUGGCCCAGGAAAGUGAUGCUAACUUGACAUUUUUUAAAAAAGACUACUGAUGAAAGUUAAUUGUUUGAUUUGAGUAUAUAGAAUAUCUUUGGCAUCGUAGAAGUUCACCAACAACCUUUUAAGAUUGAAAAACCAUUUAAAAGACUAUGUGGGGGUCUUUUUGGCCUUCCCCAGUAGGAAUUGGAGCAUUCGAUUGCAUGCUUAUGCUUUGGAUGACUGUUUAUCUUUCAGUCAGGGUUUAUUGUGCAAAGGUGAUACUUAAGAUUUUAUAAGAAAGAUCGUUUGGCUGUGAACUCUAGGCUGUCCCGUAUACCAAAGUAAAACACAUGGGACAAUUAAGAUUUGGGGAUAGAGCAAGCAAAGAUUACCACGAGCAACUGAAGCUGGUGGAGAAGGCAGAAGAAAUGGAGAGAAGGAGACAGGAACAGAUUUAUAGACGUCCUUGGAGCUGGCAGAAGGAUAGGUUGAGGGAGCAGGAGGCGGAGUCCUGAACAGACUGAGCGUGAAAGGGUCUAUAUAAGCUGGGAAGAACCAGAACCUUUAUGCCUUCCUUGUGCAGCGGCCACAGGGGAAGGACAUCAACUUCUUCCUGCCCUCCUGGAGCUGUCUUACUAGCAUAGUGAGAGAAAUGGGCACCAAACAAGUUGUUAAAAAAAGAGAGAAAGCAAUACAUGUGAAGAACGCCACAUACACAUAUUAAAAAGUUGACAAAAACCUAAGGGAGAAAGAGCAAGAAACACAAGAAGAGGAACGUUUGAUGGAAGAAAAGAAAAAGAAAAAGCAGGAAGAAAAGAAAAAGAAGGAAGGUGCUCAGAAAAAGGCUGCUGAUCAAAAAACCAAAGUGCCAGAACCUACUAAGACCUGUUCAAGCCAGCCCCAACCUGCCGGUACCAGUACCAGUACUUCCACCAGCACUAUCUCAAGCAGCAACAAUGGCAAACGUGCAUCUGCCAGUGGCCAGCAGCCAGCUGCAUCCCGUUACCUGCCUCGUGAGGUGCCUCCACGCUUCCGCCAGCAAGAACAGAAGCAGCUAUUAAAGAGAGGCCAGCCAUUGCCUACGGGGACUCUAACCAGUGUGAGCCCAACCCAGGGUGCUGGGCCUGCAGGGGUAAGCCCACCUCCCCUACCUGGAGCCGGAACACAGCAUCAUCCCAGUAAGCUCCAACCAGAUCUCAGUCAUAGUGGAUUGGCAGAUCAUUAUGAAAAUUCCCACUGGGGACAGCAGCCUACUUACAGAAGCGAAGCCAACUGCAGCUGGGAUAAAGUGAUAAUAGAUAGGACUGACAAGGAGGCGUGGCCUUCCAUCACAGGAACAGAGACUGAAUCUGCCUCAGAAUGUACUACAGACACUGACUCUGCCUCCAACUGUGGCUCAGAGAACAGUAGCAUGGCUACAGGGAGUGCCCAGGGCAACUUCACUGGACAUACCAAGAAGACAAAUGGCAAUAAUGGCACCAAUGGCGCACUCGUCCAAAGCCCUUCUAAUCAGAGUGCCCUUGGAGCAGGGGGAGCGAACAGUAAUGGAAGUGCGGCCAGAGUGUGGGGUGUAGCCACAGGCUCCAGCUCUGGCCUGGCUCACUGCUCUGUCAGUGGUGGGGAUGGAAAAAUGGACACUAUGAUUGGAGAUGGGAGAAGUCAGAAUUGCUGGGGUGCUUCCAACUCCAAUGCUGGCAUUAAUCUUAACCUUAAUCCUAAUGCCAACCCAGCUGCCUGGCCUGUACUUGGACAUGAAGGAACUGUGGCGACAGGCAACCCUUCCAGUAUUUGCAGUCCAGUCAGUGCCAUAGGUCAAAAUAUGGGCAACCAGAACGGGAACCCAACAGGCACUUUAGGUGCUUGGGGAAACUUGCUGCCGCAAGAGAGCACAGAACCACAAACGUCCACUUCUCAGAAUGUGUCUUUCAGCGCACAACCUCAGAACCUUAACACUGAUGGACCAAAUAACACUAACCCCAUGAACUCUUCACCCAACCCUAUCAAUGCAAUGCAGACAAAUGGACUGCCAAACUGGGGCAUGGCUGUUGGUAUGGGGGCCAUCAUCCCGCCCCACCUGCAAGGCCUUCCUGGUGCUAAUGGAUCAUCAGUUUCUCAAGUCAGUGGGGGCAGUGCUGAAGGAAUAAGCAAUUCUGUGUGGGGACUGUCCCCAGGUAACCCUGCCACAGGAAAUAGCAAUUCUGGGUUCAGUCAGGGGAAUGGAGACACUGUGAACUCAGCAUUAAGUGCUAAACAAAAUGGAUCCAGCAGUGCUGUGCAAAAGGAAGGAAGUGGAGGAAAUGCUUGGGAUUCAGGACCUCCUGCUGGUCCUGGAAUACUCGCCUGGGGAAGGGGCAGUGGCAACAAUGGCGUUGGUAAUAUCCAUUCAGGAGCUUGGGGCCACCCCAGCCGAAGCACCUCUAACGGUGUGAAUGGGGAAUGGGGAAAGCCCCCAAACCAGCAUUCCAACAGUGACAUCAAUGGGAAAGGAUCAACAGGGUGGGAGAGUCCUAGUGUCACCAGCCAGAACCCUACCGUACAGCCUGGUGGUGAACACAUGAACUCCUGGGCCAAAGCGGCAUCUUCUGGAACUACAGCAAGUGAAGGAAGUAGUGAUGGUUCUGGCAACCACAAUGAAGGAAGCACUGGGAGGGAAGGAACGGGAGAAGGCCGAAGGCGAGAUAAAGGGAUUAUAGACCAAGGGCACGUCCAGUUGCCAAGGAAUGAUCUUGACCCAAGAGUUCUGUCUAAUACUGGUUGGGGACAGACUCCUGUAAAGCAAAACACUGCCUGGGAAUUUGAAGAAUCCCCUAGGUCUGAAAGGAAAAAUGACAAUGGGACAGAGGCCUGGGGUUGUGCAGCUACUCAGGCUUCAAACUCAGGGGGGAAGAACGAUGGGUCCAUCAUGAACAGUACAAAUACCUCUUCAGUAUCUGGGUGGGUCAACGCGCCACCUGCCGCUGUGCCAGCAAACACAGGUUGGGGAGACAGCAACAACAAAGCGCCAAGUGGCCCGGGGGUUUGGGGGGACUCGAUAAGCUCUACUGCUGUUAGUACUGCUGCUGCUGCCAAGAGUGGCCAUGCUUGGAGUGGGGCCGCAAAUCAGGAGGACAAGUCACCCACCUGGGGUGAGCCUCCAAAGCCCAAAUCCCAACACUGGGGAGAUGGACAAAGAUCACAUCCAGCCUGGAGUGCAGGAGGGGGAGAUUGGGCAGAUUCGUCGUCUGUCCUUGGACACUUGGGGGAUGGGAAGAAAAAUGGAGCUGGGUGGGAUGCUGACAGUAAUCGGCCAGGGCCUGCUUGGAGUGACAGCACGAGACCUGGGAGCAGUGGCUGGGGCAACAGCACAAAUACGAAGGCCAAUCCAGGUGCAAACUGGGGGGAGACUUUAAAACCUGGCCCCCAACAGAGCUGGGCUAGCAAACCCCAAGACAACAAUGUGAGUAACUGGGGAGGAGCUGCUUCUGUGAAACAGACAGGAACAGGGUGGAUCGGGGGGCCGGUACCAGUCAGACAGAAGGACAGCAGCGAGGCAACUGGCUGGGAAGAACCCUCUCCACCGUCCAUUCGCCGCAAAAUGGAAAUUGAUGAUGGUACCUCAGCUUGGGGGGACCCAAGCAACUAUAACAGUAAAACUGUAAACAUGUGGGAUAGAAACAACCCGGUCAUCCAGAGCAGUACCACGACCAAUACCACCACCACCACCACUACCACGAGCAACACCACACACAGGGUCGAGACGCCACCCCCGCACCAGGCCGGUACUCAGCUGAAUCGAUCACCGUUGCUUGGUCCAGGUAGGAAAGUUUCAUCAGGCUGGGGAGAAAUGCCUAAUGUUCACUCAAAGACUGAAAACUCUUGGGGAGAACCAUCCUCCCCUUCUACCCUGGUGGAUAAUGGCACAGCAGCAUGGGGGAAGCCACCCAGCAGUGGCAGCGGGUGGGGAGAUCACCCUGCCGAGCCGCCGGUGGCAUUUGGAAGAGCUGGCGCACCUGUUGCUGCCUCAGCCCUGUGCAAACCAGCUUCAAAAUCUAUGCAAGAAGGCUGGGGCAGUGGUGGGGAUGAAAUGAACCUCAGUACCAGCCAGUGGGAGGAUGAAGAAGGGGACGUGUGGAAUAAUGCUGCUUCCCAAGAAAGCACCUCCUCCUGCAGCUCCUGGGGGAACGCCCCCAAAAAAGGACUUCAAAAGGGCAUGAAGACGUCUGGCAAGCAGGAUGAGGCCUGGAUCAUGAGCCGGCUGAUCAAACAACUCACAGACAUGGGCUUCCCGAGAGAGCCAGCUGAGGAGGCCUUGAAGAGUAACAAUAUGAAUCUUGAUCAGGCCAUGAGCGCUCUGCUGGAAAAGAAGGUGGACGUGGACAAGCGUGGGCUGGGAGUGACCGACCAUAAUGGAAUGGCCGCCAAGCCCCUCGGCUGCCGCCCGCCAAUCUCCAAAGAGUCUUCCGUGGACCGCCCCACCUUUCUUGACAAGCUCACCCUUUCUUUCUCCAAUCAGGAUGGCGGCCUCGUGGAAGAGCCCACGCCUUCACCGUUCUUGCCUUCCCCAAGCCUGAAGCUCCCCCUUUCACACAGUGCACUCCCCAGUCAGGCCCUGGGUGGGAUUGCCUCCGGGCUGGGCAUGCAAAACUUGAAUUCUUCUAGACAGAUAUCGAGUGGCAAUCUGGGUAUGUUUGGCAAUAGUGGAGCAGCACAAGCCAGGACCAUGCAGCAGCCGCCACAGCCACCAGUGCAGCCUCUUAACUCUUCCCAGCCCAGUCUCCGUGCUCAAGUGCCUCAGUUUCUAUCCCCUCAGGUUCAAGCACAGCUUUUGCAGUUUGCAGCAAAAAACAUUGGUCUCAACCCUGCACUAUUAACCUCGCCAAUUAAUCCUCAACAUAUGACGAUGUUGAACCAGCUCUAUCAGCUGCAGCUGGCAUACCAACGUUUACAGAUCCAGCAGCAGAUGUUACAGGCCCAGCGUAAUGUGUCCGGAUCCAUGAGACAACAGGAGCAGCAAGUUGCGCGCACAAUCACUAAUCUGCAGCAGCAGAUCCAGCAGCACCAGCGCCAGCUGGCCCAGGCCCUGCUCGUGAAGCAGCCACCACCGCCACCGCCCCCGCCACACCUGUCUCUGCACCCCUCUGCAGGCAAAUCGGCCAUGGACAGCUUCCCCUCGCACCCACAGACUCCCGGCCUACCUGACCUGCAGACCAAAGAGCAGCAGUCUUCACCCAACACCUUUGCUCCUUACCCUCUCGCUGGACUGAACCCAAACAUGAAUGUCAACAGCAUGGACAUGACCGGUGGCUUGUCGGUGAAGGACCCAUCCCAGUCCCAGUCACGCCUCCCCCAGUGGACGCACCCCAACUCCAUGGAUAACUUGCCCAGUGCCGCUUCCCCCCUGGAGCAGAACCCUAGCAAGCAUGGUGCUAUCCCUGGAGGUCUAAGCAUUGGGCCUCCAGGUAAGUCCUCCAUUGAUGACUCCUAUGGCCGGUACGAUUUAAUCCAGAACAGUGAGUCACCAGCCAGUCCUCCCGUAGCUGUUCCCCAUAGCUGGUCACGUGCCAAAUCUGACAGUGAUAAAAUCUCAAAUGGCUCUAGCAUCAACUGGCCCCCAGAAUUCCAUCCGGGAGUUCCAUGGAAAGGACUGCAGAAUAUUGACCCUGAGAAUGACCCUGACGUCACUCCUGGCAGUGUCCCCACUGGGCCUACCAUCAAUACCACCAUCCAGGAUGUCAACCGCUACCUCCUCAAGAGUGGAGUUAGAGUCGUGAACCCGGACACCGCCACCACCUUGCUCAGUGCCGUGUUUGGUUCCUCAGGGUCCUCCCCGCCAUCAUCUCAGAAUGCCACGCUGCCUUCCUCGAGUGCCUGGCCGCUCAGUGCCUCCGGCUACAGUAGCUCUUUCAGCAGCAUUGCAUCCGCACCUAGUGUUGCAGGUAAACUGUCAGACAUCAAAUCGACGUGGUCCUCUGGCCCUACCUCCCACACGCAAGCCUCUCUGUCUCAUGAACUGUGGAAGGUGCCCAGAAACAGUACUGCACCCACGAGGCCACCUCCAGGGUUAACCAAUCCCAAGCCCUCCUCCACCUGGGGUGCCAGCCCCCUCGGCUGGACCAGCUCCUACUCCUCGGGUUCUGCCUGCUGGAGCACCGACACCUCAGGAAGAACCAGCAGCUGGCUCGUUCUUCGAAACCUCACUCCCCAGAUUGAUGGUUCUACACUGCGGACAUUGUGUUUGCAACAUGGGCCUCUUAUCACAUUCCACCUGAAUCUGACUCAAGGCAAUGCUGUGGUCCGGUACAGCUCCAAGGAGGAGGCUGCCAAGGCCCAGAAGUCUCUGCACAUGUGUGUCCUGGGAAACACUACCAUCCUGGCCGAGUUCGCUGGUGAAGAAGAAGUGAAUCGCUUCUUAGCCCAAGGCCAGGCACUGCCACCCACUUCCAGCUGGCAGUCCAGCAGCGCGUCCAGCCAGCCACGGCUCAGCGCAGCGGGCAGCUCCCAUGGCCUGGUGCGCAGCGACGCUGGCCACUGGAACGCCCCGUGCCUGGGUGGCAAGGGGAGCAGUGAGCUGCUGUGGGGCGGGGUGCCCCAGUACUCCAGCAGCCUGUGGGGCCCGCCCAGCGCCGACGACAGCAGGGUGAUCGGCAGCCCCACCCCACUGACCACCCUGCUGCCUGGGGACCUGCUCAGCGGGGAGUCCCUGUAGGCGCUGCCAUCAUCAGCACCAGGAGAGCCGACCCCUCCCGGGACCCCUCCCGGCUGGGCGACCCCACAGACCCGCUGGAACCCAGCAGCGGCCGCCCUUUUGAGUACCUCUGUCCAGGACUGAAGACGAACCUUGGCCGCAGUCCUUGCGAACUGUUGGCAAAACAGUGCGGGCUGCGGUGGGGCAGCGUCACACGCUAAUGACAGGAUGUUCCUCGUAGCUGUUUAUUUUGUGUGUCUUAUGUUUGUAUAGUGUGUUGUCAUUUUGUUUUUUUUUUUUUUUUUAAGUAUAAAAGCUGCUUAGAAUAGUUCUAUCAUGAAGGGCACUUUUCAGAUUGUGGGCUGGAAAGGGUUAUUUUAUCUGUGGGGGAGGGAGGGAGACGUGAAGCCUAUUUAAAAUGAGCCUGUGACGAUUAUGCACAUGACCAGAGGCGGCCGGUAAUCAGGGCAGAGUCUGGUGUGGACCGCCGGGCGCAGAGCGGCUCCGCGGCGGGAGCUGAGCGGAAGGCGCGGGCUGCGAUCUGCUCUCUGUUCCCCUGGAUCCGCCUAUGCACAUUACCCUUGUUUCAUUACUUUUUCAUGUCAUUUUUUUAUCCCAAAAAAUAUUUUUUAAAAGUUAAAAAAAGACAUAUCAAACAUGCAGAUACUUGAAUCCAGCAGGCCAAUAGUGAAAUGUGAACACUUUCUAAUUCUACACUUCCAGGUUGACAUCAGUACACAGAAACAGGCUCUAGGAAAAAUUUCUAAGUUCAUAGCCUACGUGUGUGUAUGUGUGCGUGUUGAAACGGAAGUGUGUGUGUGCAUGUGUGGCGCGUGCUCCUGCACGGCGUGCAGUUUUCUGUGUUUGUGUGUUUGAAAGCGUGUGAGGAUUUAACUGUGGGUUUUCCCUUGUAUUCAGUAUACGCUUUUUUUUUGGCGCAUUGGUCAAACGUUUGUUAUUAUUAGCUUCUAACUUUGCACUGAGUGUCCUCGCCCUUCCUUUAGCUAAUCCUAUACAUUACAGAGAAUUCCUAGGACAGGGCUUGCGACAAUUCAUGUGUAAAUGUUUACUCAAGGACUCUGUGACUGCGUUUAAAAAGUACAGUGUAUAUCUCUGGAGAAAUAAUAUGUAUACCUACCUUUAGCAGCUUUUUAUUGUGGACUAAUGCAAGAAAAUUAUUACCAGAGUAUUGCACCAUUUUUCCAUUUGGAAUAUAAAGUUAAAGAGGAAAAAAAAAACUGUUGUUGAACUGUGGCCAUAGAUACUUGUAAAGAAUGGAUGGUUCCGUGGAAGGAACAGAAACAAGCACUUGGGCGUGGGUUGUGACUGCUUUUGGGGGAGCCUGGGGUUUGGGCUCCCACCUGUUUACAGACCUUUUUUUCUCCUUCAGACUUUAAAAUUUUAAAAAUUUAAAAAGGAAUUAACAAAAAAAAAAGACUUCCGUCGUAAAGAAACCUAUUUUCAGAAUGCAGAUGCGUUCCUUCAGAGCUCUGGGACGGGACAGUGUUGUUCCCUCGGCCAUCGUCGUGGACUCUGUCGAUUGCUUUCGCCCCUUCGUCAAGGUGACAGGCGUUGUGGCCACUGUCUUGCACAUGCCGGACGCGCUCUCAGGAAAGCCAGGGCUCCCGAGGGCAGCUCCACACCAUUUCAUGUAUUUUUAAACCCAACUCCUAGCACUGAAGAUGUUAUUUAAAAAAAAAAACAAAACAAAACAAAACAAAAAAAUGAAAAAAAAGAAAAAGAGGAAAAAAAAACACAAAGAAGAAAAAUACCUAAUCUCUAAUG